UAAAGAAACCUCACAAGUCAUAUGGCGUUCUUACAAAAUUCAAGUCUUUUGUUCUCUUCUUCUUCUUCCUCAAGGAUUUGUUCAAAAGGAAUUAAUGCUGCCAUUUCUCUCCCUAAACUACCAGCCAUCCGUCUCCCAGUUCCAAAAGCACCGUCAAGGAACUCAUUGGUUGAGGAACUGAUUUUAAGAGAUGGGUUAACAAACACGAUCACAGUAGAAAAGGAUAAUGAACCUUUUAUCAAUUCCACUACCUCUUCUAAGGCAACGGCCCAGCUUUAUGCAAUCUUAGAGGCUGUAGCUGAUAGAGUGGAGAUGCACAAAAACAUUGGAGAGCAACGUGACAAUUGGAACAAACUUCUUUUGAACUCUAUUAACAUGAUUACUCUCACAGCUACAACCAUGGCUGGUGUUGCUGCAACUGCUGGGGCAGAAACAUCUUCUCUUUUGGCCUUGAAGCUAUCGUCGGCUCUUUUGUUCUCCGGAGCUACAGGAAUGUUGCUUAUCAUGAACCAAAUCCAGCCAUCACAGCUAGCAGAAGAGCAACGUAAUGCAACCAGAUUGUUCAAACAGCUUUAUAGCCAAAUACAAACUACACUUGCCCUUUAUGAUCCUACUGAGUUGGACGUCAAGGAUGCAAUGGAGAAGGUAUUGGCUCUUGACAGAGCUUACCCACUUCCUUUGCUAGGAAAAAUGAUUGAAAAGUUCCCUGCAAAAUUUGAGCCUUCUGUUUGGUGGCCUAACUCUAAAAAAUCCCAAACAAAAAGCAAAAGGGGUAAUGAAAAAAGAAAUGGAUGGAGUAAGGAGUUGGAAGUAGAGAUGAGGGAAGUUAUUGAAGUGAUAAAGGGUAAAGAUACUGAAGAUUACAUGAGACUAGGCAACUUAGCAUUGAAGAUAAGCAAGAUUUUAGCCAUCUCAGGUCCAUUGCUCACUGGCAUUGCAGCUGUCGGCUCAGCCUUUAUAGGUAACAUUUCUUCGGCUGCAGUAGUGGCAGUGGCCGCCGGUGCAUUAGCCAGCACAGUUAAUACAUUUGAGCAUGCUGGCCAAGUGGGCAUGGUUGUUGAAAUGUAUAGAAACUGCGCUGGAUUCUUUGCUCUUUUGGAGGAAUCAAUUGAGUCUACACUUGAAGAAAAAGAUUUGGAAAGAAGAGAAGAUGGAGAAAUGUAUGAAAUGAAUGUGGCUUUAAAGCUUGGAAGAAGCUUGUCAGAGCUUAGAGAUGUUGCCCACAGAGAUGAAUUUGCUAGCAAGCUUUUUUGAUGAUUAUAAUUGUUUUAAUUAAUUUGUCCAUAUCAUCAUUUUUUCAUUAUU